AUGAUGAAUGUAAUUGCUUUUAUUUUAUGGAUUAUUAUCAGUAUUGUUGCGGAUGUACAUGCAGUAUUCAGUGUAGAGCUUUUUACGAAAGAUCCACACGCCAAAUUUGAAAAUCUAGAACGACUACCGGAUGGAACUUAUGGACAUGUAAUUGGUUCAUCACGUAAAAUACGUGGUUUAGUAUACAUGGCUAAUGAUGCACGUUGGCCUGAUGGAAUCGUUCCCUAUCAGUUUGGAUCAGGAUAUACCCCGCAAUUACAAACAGCUAUUGUAACUCGAAUGCGCAAGAUAGAAAAUUUAGUUGCUAUCAAUAAUGCUCGAUGUAUACAAUUUCGACCAAAAAUCUCAACAGAUUUAUAUUACAUCACAAUACAAAAUGGUACAGGUUGUUCUGCAUCGAUUGGGCGAAGGGUAGGAAAUGUAAUAUUACAAUAUCCAGGUUGUUUUGAUGAUGGAAGAACUUUCCAUGAACUUCUCCAUGUAUUAGGUUUGUUCCAUGAGCAAUCACGAAGUGAUCGUGGAUUGUAUGUAGAAUUAUAUCCCGAGAAUAUGCAAACAGGAGCCGAUCAGCAAUACUUGAUCUAUAAUAAUCCAGUUGCUGAUAUGUUUAAUACUUCCUAUGAUUACUCGUCAAUUAUGCACUAUGCAAAAUAUGAUUUCUCAAUUAAUGGUAAACCAACCAUGGAACCACUUCAAUCAAACAUUAAAAUUGGACAACGUUAUAAUUUAAGUAACACUGAUAUUCAAAUAAUUCGUCGAUACUAUAAUUGUUCAUCAACUACUCUUUCAUUACCAUCAUUCACAAUACCAGUUGAACCAGCAUAUCCAUCGCUGUUAGUUUCAACUUAUUCUGGUGAAUUGACAAAGCAAAAUUUAAUGUAUACUCGUAAUGGGAGUUCGUCAGCUAACUUCUAUUAUGAAGUUAUUAAUAUAAAAGUUUCAGCUGCUGGUUCAUAUAUCUUCCAAUGUUAUAGUAAUAUUGAUACAUUUGCUUACAUUUAUGAUCAAGCGUUUAAUCCAUUGAAUCCGACUGCGAAUUUAAUUAAGGGUUUUGAUGAUGAAAAUAUUGAGAGAUGGGAAUUUAGUUUUACCUUGAAUGCUUCACCUUCAGACACAAUUCUGUUAGUUGUUACCACUUACAAUCCUAACGUGACAGGGCCAUUCUUCAUUGUUGCUAGUGGAUACAAUAAAGUAACUUUUAAUCGUACAGUUGGUACUGCACCACCAUCAACAACAACUACUACUUCUACCACGACGAAGACAACAACAACAAUAAGCACUAUAUUAGAUACUGGUCGUUGGUCAGAAACAGGAUCACUUGCGGUAGGUGGUAUUGGACAUACAUCAACUCUUCUUUUUGAUGGACGUGUCAUCACUAUAGCAGGUAACGCAGACGCUAAUAUAGUGGAGCUUUACAAUUCUUCAACAAAAACAUGGACCAGAGGCAAAUCAAUGAUUGAUACUCGAAUAUAUCACACGGCUACUCUUUUGCCAGAUGGUCGAUUAUUUGUUACAGGUGGUUGGUAUUACAAUAAAUUUAAGAGAACCGCAGAAAUCUACAAUCCUGUCAGUAAUACUUGGACAGCUGUUAGCAAUAUGACUUUUAGCAGACAUAGACAUCAAGCAGUCUAUUUGCCAGCGCCAAUGAAUAAAAUCCUAGUCAUGGGUGGAUAUGGAGAUCGCACGGAGUCUUCUUUUUUUCAGUCAUGUGAAUUAUAUGAUUUCGUUUCAAAUAAGUGGACAACCACCACUUCAAUGAUUAAUCAACGAAUGGAUUUCUUAGCAACAUACUUACUAUCUAUGAAUGUGGUUGUAGUUAUAGGUGGUUCUCGCGAUAACUCAGCUGAAAUCUUUGAUGUGUCAACAUUACAAUGGACUCGUAGUUUGAAUACAAUGCCACUCUUCCGCUCCAUUCAUACAACUACAUUGCUUCCUAAUGGGCACUUUUUAAUAGUUGGUAGUGAUUUAAAUACUACUGCAACUUAUUUAUUUGAUUCAACAACGAAAUUAUUUAGAUCUGCAGCAAAUAAUAUACAAAGGCGAUCUGAACCCGCUGCAACUUUAUUACCGUCAGGAUUAGUUCUUCUAAGUGGUGGACUGUCUAUAAACGGUUCAAUACAUCGUUCGGCUGAGGUUUAUGAUUAUCGACUCAAUACAUGGCGUGCUGUAGCAGAUAUGAACAUUGCUCGUAUGGCUCAUACAUCGGUUAUUUUUACUAAUUGCUCUUCAUCACCAUCAACAGCAGUCCUUGUUAUAGCAGGACAGCUAACUAUGAGUGGUAUGUCUGUCGGCAGUUGUGAACUGUUUUCGAUUAAUGCUUAA